AUGGAGAGACAAACCAGCAGAGUGAGCGCCAUCAAGGAGCAGUUCGAAACGCUGUCCGCCAAGGGCAUCGACGUGGCCAAGGAAGCUAAGAAGGUGAAGGCGCUGUUCAAGAAGUACGACACCGACGGCAGCGGCGACAUCGACGCCAAGGAGUUCCAGAUCCUGGCGUUCGAUCUCGGCCUGGUCCUCACUGACGACGAGGCCAAGACCUUCGUGAAGGAGCUCGACACCGAUGGCAACGGCACGGUCGACUUUGCCGAGUUCCUGACGUGGUGGAACAACCCCGACAAGAAGGUGGCCGGCGUCGAGAACGAGAACAAGCUGAAGGCGCUCAAGAUGCGCCUCCGCUCGCAGAGCGCGCUGGCCGCCGCUUCGGCCAUCACCACCUCCCUGCUCAAGACCGCGGAGGCGGCCAAGGCCGUGGAGAAGGAGGACAGGUCGACCAUCAGCCUCAAGGUCAACAUUGGCACCUUCGACCAGCCGCGGAGCUCGCUUGCGCUCACCUACGCCCGCUCCGAGGACCAAGCCACGGCGCUGAGGGCGGCGACCAAGGCCGACGCGGAGGCGAUGACGGUGACGGUGAAGCUGGCGGUCAAGGAGGGAGCUGACCUCGGCGCGCAAGUGCUUGACACCCUCAAGAUCACCAAUCUCGAGGUGAAGCUGGACUCGAGCGAGCGCCCCGGCGACGCGUCCAACCCCAACGGCGCCAGCGGCCGCUUCUCGGCCACCGCCGGAUUGGACCGCGCGUCGAUCCAAGCCCUGUACGAUGCCUUUGGCGCGUCGGAGCUGCCCAAGAAUCUCAGGCAGGGCUUCGCGCUGGCGAGCGCCCUCCGCAACUCCAAGAUCAUCAUGCCCAACCUCGCCAAGAUCUUCGGCAACGACGAGCUGCCCGCUGUCUUCGUUGAUCUAUACUCGGGCCUCGUCAAGGUGUUCAGCGAUGUGCAGGGCAUUCAGGUGGCCCUCGGAUCGCAUGUGUUCGACCUCUCGCUGGUCGGCCUCAACCUCUUCGAGAACUAUCUUCCCACCCGCGAUGAGAUCAAGAAGUGGAUCGAAGAGCAGGAGGCCGAGAGGCUUCGCAAGGAGAAGGAAGAAGAGGCCGCCAACUCGUCCGACGACGACCUGGAGGCCUACUGCAACUUUGUUCUGGACCUCUAG